GCGCUUCCAACAGCAUUACAACUGUCAGACAGUACUCGACGCGUUUACGCACGCUCCACUAAAGGAACUAUUGGCAACUCACCAACUGAUUUCGCUGUCAACGCGAAGACAACUACUUUUCAACUUCAUUUUUGUGACUGCGACUUAUUUUUUUAAACUACCAAGUCAAGAUGAAGGUUGUUGGACCUACCUGCGCGCUGAAGAGCAAGGUUGGCAGCGAGGACAUGGUUCGCUGUCUCUCCGACCAGAGUAUGGCCAUCUCCAAGUGCAAGAUGCCCUUGCUGGACGAUGGGCAGAUGACCAUGUUCCUCCAGGACAUGAACAGCUGCUACAGCAAGUUGAAGGAGCUGGUGCCCACUCUGCCCGCCAACAAGAAGGCCAGCAAGAUGGAGAUCCUCCAGCACGUCAUUGACUAUAUCUGGGAUCUCCAGGUCGAGCUCGACUCACCUGGCAUGAACCGUCAGCAGGCUACCGCUGGUGCCCGCACGCCCCUGACCACCCUGAACGCGGAGCUCAGCAGCAUCACUGUUGAGAGUGGUUGCUGAAAUGGGAGAGUCACCUGUCCCUGAUUUCUCUGCGAGACGUCAGAAGCAGCAGCAGCAGCAGUAGCGACGGUGGCAGCAGCAAGCAAGAACAGUGGCAUCAGCCAGAGGACGGGAUGCUGUCUCUCCAUGGCAAUGUUUCGUCUCGUUCCAUACCUUGCAUCAAGACGCGAUGAGACGAAGCAUUCUUGUGGUGCCUGCUGAUAACCCGGUCCCAAGUAGACACGCGUGAGGAGAGACUGGUGUCGCCGGAGCUGACAUGCCCGUGGGGUGCACGUCCCUGGCCUCACUUCAUAUGGUUUAGCUGUAUGGACAGUUUUCCGAUAUAGCAUCACAACAAUCACUCUUGUAAUAUUGCCUUUUUGGAUGCCUUCAAGAGACAAUGUCAAUCCCAUGGUCUCAAUGUUUUUUUGUACUUCCGGUUGUUUUUUUUUUCCCAUUCUGAAAGUACACUUAGAGAAUGAUUUUAUAUUUUGUAAAAAAUGUCAACUUCUCAGAUUGCUGAGUUACAUCUGUAUUGUAUAUUACAAUGCAUUUCACGUCAAAUGUCAAUAUUGUUUAUUGCAAUGUACUUAAAAUGAUGUUUAUAUUAAAACAAAAAGUAUUUUGGAGAAUA